AUGCUUGUCUCUCCUAGUGCAAAGAGCCAAUUGCUCGCCCUGAAAGCCAGCGUUCGUGCGAGCAGAGAUGUUGCUGCGCAACUGGAGGACGGUCAAAAAGACAAAGAGACAACAGCCUUCAGAGCCCUUGUGUUUGGCCUACUGGGAGCCGGCUUUGCUGCCUUCUCCUUUGCCCAGAUUGCACACACUCAGGACUACUACACACAAGGCCUCGGCGUGAUGCCUCUCACUAGCUCGCAGUACAGCUUCGUACGCUCCUAUGGCACCAGCCUCAUUCCGCUGUCGCUUUACUCGUUAUACGCGGCCCUCCAGAAAACUACAGCCGGGAUGGCUGCCAAGCUCGACUUUGCGCUGCUCGUUUACGGCGUGGGAUACGGAGUCCCAGUCUUGAUUGGCUACCUCAACAAGAUCGUGCCCCAGCCAUAUGCCAUUGCUGCCCUUGUCUUGACGGGUGCCGCCUCGCUAUUCCCCCCGCUCUUUGGCGGACUCACGCUUGAGAAGAUUACUUCCGGACUCGAGAGGGGGUUCAACGAACUCUUCAAGGUCCGCGGAACCCUUAGCUUUUUCUCUCUGGCGACCACGCUCAUCUUCCUCGUUCAAGGCCUCACCGUUUACGUGGCUCCCGCGAUGAUCUUGCCGGCGGACCUUUUGGAAGGCGCCGCUCGAGACGCCGUCGUCAUCUUUGCGCGGGGAGUGUCGGCCGCAUCGUUGGCGGCUACAAUUGCCAUGGCCAGCAUCAAGGACAUUGCCGACAACAAGAAGGUGCGCGAGCGCACCACGUUCAACGUCCUCAAUCUGGGUCUCAUCCUGAUGUCCGCCGGCAUGCUACUGGUUGCGUACUUCAACGGACUCGAGCCGGACGGCCUUCUGAAAACGUCCCCGUUCUACUUCUACCUCCGCGUGGGGGUAUCCUCCUUCAAUAUCCUCGUUCUGAUUGCCAACGUCCUCGUCGGGCUUAACAAGUAACUCAUGAAAGAUAAGAGGCUAAGUAGCGAGGUGUGUCCGCCAGCAAACUUAGUGCCUGCAGCGUGCUUUGGGAAGAGUGGUGUGUUUUUGGUGAGCUUGCCCUUAAUAGGACCUGUUAUUAUAUAUAUAGUAGUGUUUGAUAGACAAUUAUGAGUAGACGCUUUGUGGCCCAGCCAUUUUGAUAUGGCCGACUUUUUUGUAAAUAAUAAGCUAGUCGUCAAAAUGUUUUAGAUUGUUCUCGGCAGCGUUGAGUACAUGACGGUUUUGGUCUACUCUACGGCCUUCAUAUUGAUAUUUCUUGUAAACAAAGACUGCUCUGAUAGCCUGAAGGUUCUUUUCUUGACUAGGAGCGAAGGAGUCAGGAUUUGUGUGCUCUGGACAUUUCUUGAAUCUGAACGUCACUGACAAUUUUAUCAAAAUUGUACCAUGAUCAACAGCACUAGACAAGCGCCCAAGCACUGAUAUGUUUGCAC